CAGAUUCACAAUUGUUGUAGCUAGAUGGGACUGUUAACUCGUUUUUUUAACGCUACGAUUGAUAUCACGACAAAGCAUUUAGUUUCUAGCAUGAGAAACGGUGGCGUCUUGCACCGCACCAGAUUCCACCGAUCCGUCAUCAAAUUUGGUCAGAGAUACUACACUGGCCCUGUUAGCGAUGCGAAGGCAACGAAGGCAGGUGCUGAGAUGCUCGUUUCUUAUACGUUGUUAGGUGUCACAUACACCGCUGUGUUCUGGCAAGUGAAAUUUUUUUUCAGCCGGCGGAUGAUGAGAGGUAAAGCAACAACCAUAUCUAGCUUGUUCUGA